CUCAUUCGCCUGCCUGUCACUGUGCUGUCAGUGAAUGAAUGUACACGGCUAGCCGGCUAGUAGCUUUGGAAAUGUUGUCACUAUCAGAAUGAUAUCGCAGCGGGACAGAGGAGAACUUGCUCGGUUUUAUACUGUCACAGACCCUAAAAAGCACCAGAAGGGCUAUACAGUGUACAAAGUCACGGCAAGGAUAAUCUCCAGGAGGAACCCAGAAGAUGUCCAAGAGAUAACAGUAUGGAAAAGAUACAGUGAUUUCCGCAAGCUUCAUCAGAAUCUGUGGCAGCUGCACAAGAAUGUAUGUAGCCAGUCGGAGCUGUUUCCUCCCUUUGCCAAGGCCAAAGUCUUUGGUCGUUUCGAUGACUCAGUGAUUGAGGAAAGAAGACAGUGCUCUGAGGAUCUGCUACAGUUCUCUGCUAAUAUCCCUGCUCUCUACAGUAGUCAGCACAUCCAAGACUUCUUCAAGGGAGGCGACGUCCACGACGGCUCGGAGCUCAUUGGACCAGCUGAGCCCUUUUCUGAUUUCCUGGCAGACAGUUUAUCAGACUGCAGCUCCGAUGUUCAAAGGGACUUCAGUGGUGCAGAUGAUCUGACUAUCACAUCUGAGUAUGGAGGUCCAUCCAGUGACAGCGACCUGACCUCCCUGGCUGUGGAUACGGACUCUCUGGCUGAGCUGGAUGAUGGCAUGGCCUCAGGACGCACCUCCCCAAACCAGCCACAGGGGGGAGCUACCAACAUUAGCAGCAGCUGCAGCCCUCGCUUGCCCUCCUUGCAUGAACACCGCACCCCGUCUCCUGCCCCAGUCCCUGCCUCCUCAGCCCCUAACCCAGAGGUCAGCUGGCCAGGCCGAACUCCGCUCUUCUCUGGCAGUUUGAAGAAAGCCAGCGGUGGCAACCCUAACGACGUAAAGUCAGACUACCUAGACAAAGCCAGCGAGCUCAUUGGUCUGGCUGUACAGAAGGAGAAAGAGCAGGACUACCAGGCAGCUUUUUCUUACUAUCGCAGUGGAGUGGACCUGCUGCUGCAAGGAGUGCAAGGCGAGCCCAGUCCCACACGGCGAGAGGCAGUGAAGAAGAAGACUGCAGAGUACCUGAUGCGUGCAGAACAGAUAUCCAGUCAGCAUCUAAGAAGCAACAUGGGUCAAGGGUCAACGCAGAAAGUGGCUUUGGGGACACAGUGCUGCCCUUCCACCAGCAGAGGAGGCCAGCAGAGUCCAUCUGAGGAGCUGAGAGCUUACAGGGUGUUGGGGGUCAUAGAUAAGGUUCUUUUGGUCAUGGACAAGAGAACAGAAGAGACAUUCAUCCUGAAAGGUCUGAGGAAGAGCAGUGACUGUGGGCGGACUAAGAGGACCAUCAUGCCUCACACUGUGCCCCACAUGGUGCAGCUGAGGAAGUUCCUCGUCUCUGAAGACACGGUUUUCCUUCUGCUGCAGUAUGCUGAAGGGGGGAAACUGUGGUCUCACAUUGGAAAGUACCUACAUAAUUCAAGCCCGGAGGAGAGCUUUGACAUUCCUUUCAUCCAGAAAAGCCACACAACGGCUGUACACUCUCCACAACUUGCUGUACCACAGCUGGAUGUAGGUUCAGCCAGUUCUGGUUCAGGGGCUGUUGCUGGCUGUGAUUCUGUCUCAGAGCUGCAGAAGGAGGGAGAAAACCUCAUCACCUUUCCUCUUAAAAGUGUUCUCCCUCCCAGGCUUAUCGAACAAAUUAGAGUGCAGUCAGACUCUGGAGCCACCUCUGAGGAAGAGUGCACAAACAGUUAUUUGACGCUUUGCAAUGAGUAUGAACAAGAUAAAGUAGAACCAGAUGCACUAGAGGAGGAACAAGAGAAGAGUGAACAGGAAAUGCUGUCGUUGGAAGUGCCCAUUGCGACGACCACCACUUCCUUACGUAGCCGCUCGCUGCUGAGCAACGACAGCCUCUCUUCACCUCUCAGCUCUCAGGAACUCUGCUUCUUCACUGAGUCAUCUGACAAAAAUGGCCACAGCCAUGACAAUGAGCAAGACCGUGGCGAGGGACAGGACCACGGUGAAGUUUUUAGUCCUUUAUCCUCCCCUGCUGUGCCUCUGUCUCUGGAUCAGUCCAAGCACACACCAAUGGAGUUUUUCCGUAUUGACAGCAAAGACAGUGCAAGCGAGGUGACCUGCCUCGACUUAGGAGAGCAGCGCCCCCCUCAUACACAGGUCCCACUCUUUUCCACAUCUGACCUGGGCUCGGAUGUCACCGAGGAUCUUCCAGAGCUGGCUCAGGAGGUCAAGGGCCACAGUUCAGAGCUUUGGUGGUUGGACUGCAGUGAUAAAGGCUCCAAUGAGUCCGUGCCAGUCAUCUCAUUUAAAGAGGCAGUAGUGGAGGAUGAGGGUCACCCACCAGAUCUUUUGGUCAACCUUCCUGUAAUGAGUGGGACUGUGGACUCGUUACAGGAGGAAUUAGAGACUUCAGGAGUGUGUCUGGGCCUUGAGGCCACAGCCUCUCCUCAGAAGUUCAUCCAGCCCGAUGUUUUACAGCUUCACAGCCAGCCUGAGGAAGGGGAGGAGCAGCCACUGGAGCAGGAGCUUUCAUCUUUGUGUACAGCCUCUGCAACAUGUGACACCAGUGUUGCUUCUUCCUCUCCCCUCAACUCACUGUGGGACGACUACAGCCUGGCAUUUGGACAAGAGGCCUCUGACAAAAUGGUUGUUGAUCCUGCAUGCCAAAAUAAUGACCUUCCCCAUGAUGCAGAAAUUCCAGAUACUGACUCCUGUAGUGAAAAACUAGAGGCUGGUACAAGAGUAAACACAGACUCCAGUGCAGACUCUGUCCUAGCCACAAAUGGGACUGAGGCCUCUGCGGUGGUUGAUAGUUUAUUAGAUCUUGAUGGUGAAUCAUCAGGAGUUGUUAGUAAUACAGGUGGCACUGAAAUUGAUAAAGAAGUGUCGCGGCUGUUUGCAGAGCUGGACGAGCUGUCGUUGGCUGCAUCCCAAGCUCGUAUCCCAGAGGAGUUUGUACGAUGCUGGGCCGUAGAGAUGGUGACAGCCCUGGAUGCUCUGCACCAAGAAGGCAUCAUCUGUCGAGACCUAAACCCCAACAACAUCCUGCUCGACCAAAGAGGUCAUGUUCAGAUUACCUACUUUUGUAGCUGGAGUGACGUGGAGGAGUCCUGUGACAAAGACGCCAUUGCCAAUAUGUACUGUGCACCAGAGGUGGGAGGUAUCAGUGAGGAAACAGCAGCGUGUGAUUGGUGGAGUUUGGGUGCCGUCCUGUUUGAGCUCCUGACAGGCAUGUCUCUGCUCCGGUGCCAUCCAGCAGGAAUCAGUCGCCACACGGCUCUCAACAUCCCCGAGUCUGUUUCAGAGGAGGCCAGAUCUCUGCUGGAGCAGCUGCUCCAGUACAACCCAAUGGAGAGACUGGGGGCCGGAGUGGGAGGUGUAGAUGAUAUUAAAUCCCACCCUUUCUUUGCCAGAGUAGACUGGCCCAAGUAGACGCUGUGCAUUAGCAGAGUUGCAUGGUGGGAAAACUGGCAGCCCCGAAUGAACUCCUGUCAGACUGGACACACAAGUAGAUAUACAGUAAAUCCAUAUUAUGCAUUUCUGCACACAUUUCCCAUUUUGUGUACGACCAUUCAGUCCCAAUGUACUUGUCAGAUUUUUUUUUUUUUUUAAUAUAGUUUACUGAGCAGCAGUAUUACCUUCCCUGUAAAAUUUGCUCCUUUCUUUAUAUCGUAGAGGUUUAACUAUGUAACUUUUUUGGUGCAGGGAACACUUAACAAUGUCAGGUGCAAUAAUUUAUACAGUAAGUGCUUGUACUGAUUGAUAAUCCACUACAGCAUUGUUGCUUUUACAAUCCUCGUACAGUAGCUGUAAGCCAAAAUGACACAACUGAAAGUGAGAGGUGACAUUUUGUCCUGAUGUUGUCACUGCAUGUUUUGCAUUCAAACUGACACAGACUUGAGGCUCCCCUCCUAAAGACCCCAUAUGCAAUACACUAAAGUUGUUGCCACAUGUAACACUUAAGUCCUUCCUCAUGGAGCCCAUUGAGAUUAAAUUUAGACAGGUUGAGCUUUUGUUUCGAUGCUGGGGUUUUGCUGUUGCUCUGAUCAAGAAACAGAUAUGAUAUUUCAUUUCCUACAACACCGUCAAACUUUUUUUUUUUUUUUUUUUCAAACCAACCCCUUUUACUUCCAACCGCCCCGUAUACAAUAAUAGAUGGACACUAUGCAAGGUGAAUGAACAAAAUCUUCUGAGGUAGGAGAUGGGUUCGGAUUCUGAGUGUAGAAUUUAGUUAUAUCAACAUUGAGUUAUUUAGCAGAUUAUAGAUGGAAGAAGGGCCAGUUAAACAAAGCAAGACUUCUCCCUGUGUGGACAGUGAGAGUUUUUCAUUCAGGAAAGAGAGAAUAAUGAAGGACGAGGCUUGAACCAUGCAUUUGAAACCAGCCCUUUUACAGAUUGUCGUUGAUUUUAUGAUUAUCAGAGGAAACUCUGUACUGUACAACAUUGCAUUUCGUGCAUGUAAGAAUAUGAUUUAUGUAAAAUAUUUAAUACUAUGAAAAAUCUAUCGAACAAUAAAUAAUGAGUGUUUUGUAAAUAUACCUUUUAAAGGAUGUUGUGCUGAGUGAAAGGUACAGCCAGGUGUCAAAGCCUUGAUUAUGUCCAACGUGUCAAUCACUUACUGCCACAUCAAUCAAAUCCUUUUUGAUUGUGUUUUGUGUUUUGUGUUUGAGCAACACAUCCACUAACUUGCCACGUAGAUCUUAAUCCCGAUUUUAUAAUAUCUAUAAUGACUGAAUGAUAUGGUAAACAUUUACAUGGUAACAUUACAUGGCAUAUACAGUAUCAUCUCUUUGUAUAAUCAGAUGAGACAAAUACAUUUCUCUUAGGUAUACUCAGAUAAUCACUCUACUGUAGAAGCUGCACUGUUUACUCCACCGCACUGCGGUAUAAUACACCUUAACUAAUAGAUACCGUACAUUACAAGAUCCAUAUUCCACCUAUUAACCAUUUUCAGACAUAAACAUCACAGUGAGAUCGAAUUUUUUUUUCUGGUUGAUAUUGAAUGCUCACUCUUCUCUGUGCUGUGUGUCUGUACUGUUCUGUCAGUGCAUUCUGGAAAAACAAUAAACAUACC